AUGUCUCUCGGGAACUUUUCUUCCCUGGUUCUGGAUCUGGGCGGUGUGUUGCUGCUCUACUCAGCCAACAACGUCAAGACACUUACCCCCCGUCAAAUCAGCAAUGCACUGGACUCUCCCAUCUGGCACGAUUAUGAGCGAGGAAAACUCUCGAAGCAGUCUUGCUAUGAUGACAUCUGUAGAGAAUUUGGCUUCGAUCCAAACACCUGGGCUGAAGCGCUGGAUACAAUGAGGGAGUCACUGCAGCCAAACAAGGAAGUCAUUAAUGAGAUUAAACGGCUGAAGUCGAACAACCCUCAGCUGCAAGUCUUUGGACUUUCCAACAUCCCCAUGGAGGACUUUCAAGAUCUCAAGCCCUUGAUUGACGAAUGGGACAUUUUUGACGACUUUUACGCUUCUGGCUUGACAGGUUUCCGCAAACCUGAUACAGCCUGCUACGAAAGAUUCUUGGAGCAUUGCAAGAUACCCCCAAAGGCGUGUAUCUUUGUGGACGAUCGAAUCGAGAAUGUCGUGACAGCACAGUCUCUGGGCUUCCGAGGUGUUCAUAUGACUGACACGAGUUCUGUGGUGGCUACUCUGAAUAACCUUCUUGGCGACCCUGUCGCUCGUGGGUUGGAGUUUCUCAAACGCAACGCCAAGAAUCUCUUUUAUAGAGAUCUAGUAACACUGGAAAAGACUGGCCCAACUUGGAACUACUUUAUUGGAGAACCCGUGUUCUUUAAUACCGUUUAUCCAAAUGAUGCAGAUACGACAUCGUUAGCCAUGCAUGUCCUUGGUGACGUUUCGGCAGAGGAGGAGGCAUUUGCGGUAAAAGAGAUCACAUCCCAUCUCAACCCGGACGGCCUACCGUACUGCUGGCUGCAGACAUCUCGCCCUCGCUUCUGUCACAUCAUAUGCGCCAACGUCUUUCGUUACUUUUAUCUCAGCGGACAGAUCGAAAAGUUGCCCAAGGUCUACCAGUACCUUUGCCGUCUGCUGAACACUGAGGCAUACCUUCUGGGAACACGCUAUUAUGAGAACCCAGAUUGGUUCUUAUUCCUCCUUAGUGAUGUCUGUGGGAAGCGCCCGAAUGACGAGGCACUGAGUGAGAUGCGACGUCUGCUCACUUUGCAGAUUCAAGAUCGCAUCGGUUGCGAUAGGAAUAUUUUUGGUGCGGCGCUACGAUCCCUGGCUGCACAGGCUCUUGGGAUCGUGAGCAAGAAAGAUAUCAAGAUUUUGCUUGAGACGCAACUAAUUGAUGGAGGCUGGGAGAAGCAGUGGCUGUGGAAGUAUGGCAAGGAGGCUGUUAAGCUUGGAAGUCGGGGUGUCGUCACUGCCAUGGCGGUGAGGGCGAUAAAGAAGGCUCGGGAAGAUGCGUGA